AUGAAGCGUUUGAUCGUGGAUUUUUUCAGAAACUUUAAAGAGAGUGUUGUUAACAAAGCUCAAACUACAGCACAUUUUACAACUCAAUGCAAACAAUCGGUGCAAAUAAAGCUGAUUGCACCUUCAAGUUAUGUGUUGCGAAAGUUUUUCAAACAAUUCGGAAAUAACAGCAGUAUCCAUGGUGUUCGAUAUUUCACCAAUAAGACACUUCAUUGGAGUGAAAGAUUGUGGUGGAUAAUAGGUUUCGUGUUCACACUGUGGUUGUGUGGCUUGAUGAUUCGUGACGGUUGGAAUUAUUGGAACGAGAAUCCAAUGACAGUGAAAGUCGGUAAAAGGACACAAGUGUCAGCGAUUCCCUUUCCAGCCAUAACUAUUUGCCCCCUCGUUAAAGUGUUGAAGCAUGAUUUGGACAGGAUCAAUGCACACAUGUACAUGAAAGAAUCAAGUAGCAUUGAGGCUACACAAUUAAGCACAUUGGCACUUUUUUGUCCAACUUUAUAUCGAAAAUAUAAAUCGAAUGUAGAGUUUGCGAAUGAAUCGAUGUAUCGCAUGAUUGAAGACUUAGCUCCGAACCAGGACUAUGUAAUACAUUCAUGCCGUUGGCAGCAGAACAAAGUUAACUGUCUAGAGUAUAUAUCACCAGUAAUAACCGAUGAAGGUUUUUGUUUCACUUUCAACCCACUAAAUUCGUAUGAUAUGUACACCGAAGAAGUGGAUGCUGCAAUGAAGAGAGUUACAAAUAUCCCAAAGAUGUCUGCUUGGAGCUUAGACAAUGGCUAUGAAGUGAAUUCAAAUGGCAGUGAAUAUCCGUUACGGAUGUUUGGUUCUGGUCAAAAUAAUAAUCUUAAUAUGAUUCUUUCGUCUGACAAACAAGAUAAUGAUUUCAUGUGCGAUUCAGGUCAAGAAGGGUACAUCGUAAUGCUGGAUAUGCCCGGCGAAAGUGCAACGAGAACGCAAGAACGAAUUCGCUUCAUCGCCCCACAAUCUGAAAGUAUAAAAAUUAGAAUUGAACCAAAAUUAACGGAUACCUCGAAUGGUUUGAGUAAUUACAAGCCAGCCCAUCGCCAAUGUUUCUAUCAAUCUGAACGUCAAUUGCGUUUCUUCAAAAUUUAUACCAAGUACAACUGUAACAUGGAAUGUAUAGCGAACUUCAUUCAAAUGGAAUGUGGAUGCGUGAAAUUUAAUAUGCCUAGAGACAAGAAUACGAAAAUCUGUGGUGUGAAACUUAGAAAGUGCUAUGGAAACGCUCAAUUUUCAUUUCAAGGGCGUACUGGACGAUUGUUUCGCGCGAAAUGUAAUUGCAUGGAAGCGUGUACAGAAAUUGAAUAUGAUCUUAAAAUUGACCAGGAACCAUUAUUUGAUGAGAAUGGAGGAAAAGGCAAUUAUACUAGACCACAGAAAACUAAAUUGUCAAUCUAUUUUGAGGAUCAAACAAUUGAGACAUUGACGCGAGUCGAAACGUAUACGUAUACUGAUUUUCUAGCCAUUUGUGGUGGUUUGCUUGGAUUAUUUUUGGGCAUUUCAUUUUUGAGCAUCAUUGAAAUCGUUUACUAUGCCACUCUUCGUGUAUUUUGGGACAUACACCUAUCAAGACCCGAAACUAUUGAGAAAUCCUUUAAUGAAAAACCGUUUGGUGAAAAUCAAAUGUCUGAGAAUCGUGUGUUAUUUAAAGUGGUUUCGCAACCUCUUCCGAGUGUUGCGUAUAUUUCUCAAAGAACUUUGCAUGGGUAGCAAUAUUCACGGCCUUCGAUACAUUACCGCGGACGGAUUCCAUUUAUUUGAAAGGUUAC